UUACCACUGCGUUUGAGAAGAUGCGUCCUCUUCUCAAGGAAGAGCUGCAAAAAGAUGUACCCUAUAUUAGCGAAAGCUCGCCGAUUUCCCUCUGCCUUGUUGAAAAACGAGAUCAAGGAGUGUUUCUUUGUGUUGCCAUAGAAGUACUUCAGAAAAUACAGAACAACUUCCUGCAGAAGGUUCUUAGUAUUGGCGCAACAGGGAAAUCGUCUGCUUUGAUUUUUCUGGAGCGAGACAAGGGAAAGUGUUCUAUUCCAAUGGUCCACGUCCAAGAUGCACGUGAGAAAGAAGUAAUUCAAUACCAGUGGACGGACGCCAUUUUAAGGAACUCUCAGCGUAACACUGAGUAUGGCCAUGGAAAAGAAAUGUUUUAUGAUCUGGCAAAGAUUGAAAAAGAAAUGGCAGCCCGCUUCCUUGUAGGGAAAGCUUUCCUUUCGACUUUCGACGGACUUCGCGAGUUCAUCUUCUCCCGAGAGCUGUUUCACACAUGUAGAGGUAUUCUGGAUGAAUUGCAGGAGCUUAUUCCUCAACAGCCAUUGACAGAUAUUUUGCGGAGUGGUUUGGCACGCCAGAGCGAGCACAGCCUUGAGAGCGUGCAGGAAUUGUUGGAACAGAUGGAAAUCGUCCUAUGCCUGUUAAAGAGACAUCAACAUGGUAAACCUGAGGAACCUUUAACAGAAUUUACCGACAAGUGGCUAUGUGGGUCGAGACCAUUUCCAAAGCAGUUACUUCCACAGCCCCACAGUGCAAUCCAACUUAUGCAUGUAGUCGCCCUUUAUGAGUUUCUUGAAGACACGUUGGCCGAAUCUGCUGCCAAGCGCGUGCAUGAUACUUAUCGCACUACCAUACCCAAAGAGAUUACGGAUGAUAUGGCCAAAGCAGCCUUUUUCUCUGGUAAGAGUGAGAAGGAUCGUUCUACGCUACGCGCCAUCACGACAGCACUCCGACGGUUCAUUUUCCGCUACCUUUCUUCCGAAGAAAUGAGACCCAAGCCCGGGGAGUGUCUAGCCGAGCGCAUGCAAGAGUCUUCUCUUUGGCCAAUGGACUUGAACAAUUCGUGGAAAUCGCCAGGCGUUGAAUCUUUAGAAAAAGUCCUCCACAUUGCGUUUCCAGAGACUCUGAUCAUCGGACAAACGUACCAAGUCCUUUGCUUUUACCAGGAACGUCUUAAAUCUCUCGAAGAAGCGAAGGUGGUUUCUCGUACCCCAGCAACCAAAGGAGGCAGGCCGACUGCACAAAGAUCCCGUCAGAAGAAGAAAGGCCUAUCACGGUUCAGUUAUUCAUGAAGAAAACGUAACACAAUGAUCUGCAUGGUAGACUGACAGAAAAUUUCCAAAGAAUGGAGUAUCUCCGCAUAAUCGGACACUUUUGUCAAUUUGUUUUAGUAGUCCUAUGUUGGCACAUCGACAGGGUCUAUCAGUUGUUCUUGACUGAAAAAUUCCCCUGAUAUACAUAACAUUCUUUAAGGCUAGGAUUCCUUAGAUCGAAUAGACAUCUGAGUUUUAUCAAAUCUCAAUUUAUGUAACAAUUUAAUAAGGUUAGAGUAGUCAAUCGGAGGUAGGAUAUAGUGUACCAGUACCACUCGGCCGCAUGAGAGACGGUUAUUUCGUAAUUGAGGGCUAGUUUAGUCCAGUAUCUUGGGAUUUGACAAGUUUAUUUGUUGGAGAAAAUAGCAAGAUUUGACGAAGUUCUCGUUUUUGAUUCGAGUAUUUAUAGCUAAAACAUUUUUUUCGUUUACAUUAACGACGACAGAAUAAGUAAAAUUUGUAGAGUUAUUCUGGCCGUAGACAAGACAGUGACGUUUAUGUCACGCAUCACGACAAGCAAAGGUCAAAGGUUGUAACAUUCACGUAGGUAGUUAGGGUAAGUUACUCAUGUUCGUUCACUAACGCUAAGGCAAGAAAAAAAGCCGCCGUUUUUUUUAAGAGAUAAAUCUAGUUGUUUUGUUAAAGGCGAAUGACUUGUACGCCAUAGUCAAGGUUUCUCCUUUUGGGGAGAUCAGUUGUAAUUGAUCAAAUGACCAAAUAUGGUGAUGUAUAACAAUUUAAAAAUUUUCCUUAAUUUCUUUUUACCACGAAAGUUUAUAGUUUGCUGAUGAAAACGAUAGUCGUUAUCAAACCAUUGAUUGCUUGGAAUAGAAAAGAAAAGCCGAAUAAAACAUGCAGGAAUAUCAGGAGUGAAUUGUCACGGCUGUAAUGUUCGUUAGGUAGGGUUAGCUAAGUUGGCCGCGUGGGGCAAAGGUUGGAAAAUAGCCGCCAUUCUAAUAGGAAAUCAAACCUAAUUGUUUGUACUUCUUAAAGGGUAGAUGAAGUUUCCAUCAUCGUUUUAUUCCGCUGAUACAUAUAUAAUGCUUUUCUUUAGAUCGAGUGUGUGGUUGAUCAAAUAGUCUCGGGUUUUUUUAUUAUUGUUAUUAUUAUUUAUUUCCCUUUACGAUUUCAAAUGAUAGUUUACAAAUAAAGGAGAACGUUCUUGUCAAAAGUGGCUUGUU